GGCCUCCGGCCCCGGGGCGCGGCGCGGCGCGGGCGGCAGCAUGGUGGAGAAGCGCUGCCCGCUGCAGAGGGACGGCGUGUACCGCUGGUUCUCGGAGCUGCCGUCGCCGCAGCGCGUGGAGUUCCUGUGCGGCCUGCUGGACCUGUGCAUCCCGCUCGAGCUGCGCUUCCUCGGCUCGUGCCUCGAGGACCUGGCCCGCAAGGACUACCACUCGCUGCGCGACUCGGAGAUCAAGGCCAACAACCCCGCCGACCUGGGCAGCCUCACCAACCUGACGGACGAGGUGGUGCGCAGCAAGCUGCUGGUGUCGCUGGCGCUGCUGGGCUCGGAGCAGCGCGAGGCGGCGGGCGUGCUGUACCGCACGCUCACGCACAUCGACUCCAUCAUCCACAACUACGGGCUGCAGCUCAACGAGGGCCGCACUGGCGAUGAGUUCCUGCUGCUCUUCACCAUGGCCUCCAACCACCCGGCCUUCAGCUUCCACCAGAAGCAGGUGCUGCGGCAGGAGCUCACGCAGAUCCAGAGCAGCCUGAGCGGCGGCGGCGGGGGCCACGGCGGCGGGGGCCACGGCGGCGGGGGCCACAGCGGCGGCAAGAGCGCGCUGCCCACCUGCCCGGCCUGCCACAAGGUGACUCCAAGAACCGAGGCCCCCGUCAGCAGUGUGAGUAAUAGUUUGGAGAAUGCACUACAUACGUCAGCACAUUCCACAGAGGAGUCGCUGCCCAAGAGGACUGUGGGGAAACACUCCAAAGUGAGUGUUGAAAAGAUAGACCUGAAGGGAUUAUCACACAAAAAAAAUGAAAGACAUGUUGAAUGUUCCUUUGAGGUCUUGUGGUCUGAUUCUUCAGUAACAUCAGUAACCAAAUCUUCCUCUGAAGUGACUGAAUUUAUUUCAAAGUUACCCCAGCUGUACCCUGAAGAAAAUCUGGAGAAGUUCAUUCCUUGCUUAGCUGGCCCAGAUUCCUUUUACGUAGAGCGAAAUCACAUGGAUCUGGAAGCAGACCUGAGGUAUUUGGCCUCAUUACCUUCUCACUUAUUAAAAAAUGACCACGUUAAGAGAUUUUUCAGCACUUCAUCUCCCACCCAACAGCUUCAAAGUCCAAGUCCUGGCACCCCCUCCCUCUCUAAAGUGGGUACCAUGAUGGGCGUGUCUGGAAGGCCUGUGUGUGGUGUGGCUGGCAUCCCAUCCUCUCAGAGCGGCGCCCAGCACCACAUGCAGCACUCGGCCAGUGCAGCCACCUUGCCCCACUGCUCCCACACAGGGGGUACAGGCUCAGCACUGGCCUACCGGGCCCAGAUGGACACCUCGCCUGCCAUCCUGAUGCCCUCCAGUCUGCAGACCCCUCAGACUCAGGAGCAGAAUGGGAUCUUAGACUGGCUUAGGAAACUGCGCUUGCACAAGUACUACCCAGUCUUCAAACAGCUCACAAUGGAGAAGUUUCUGAGCCUUACUGAGGAAGAUCUAAAUAAAUUUGAAUCCCUCACAAUGGGAGCAAAGAAAAAACUCAAGACUCAGCUGGAGCUGGAGAAGGAGAAGUCAGAAAAACGGUGCCUGAACCCCGCAGCCCCACCCCCAGUCACCAGCAGCGGAGUGGCCCGAGUCCCACCCACCAGCCAUGUCGGGCCUGUGCAGACAGUGCGAGGCACCCACGCUGCAGCGCUGCGGGUAGAAGUGGAGCAGGCCCCUCACCAGACGGCCCGGGAAGGCAGCUCCUCAGAAUGCUCCAGCUCUUCGCCCAGCCCGAUGGGGGUGCAGGGCCGGGAAGAGAGCUCGGACAGCGCCGAGGAGAACGACAGACGUAAGGACAUGCGGCCUGGUGAGCACUGCGCUGUUCCUGCCCUGGCCUGUGAGGCUGUGCUGACCGCCCUGUUUCCAUCCCUAGGUGUGGAGAUUCACUUGGAGGGCUCGGAUAAGGAGAAGCCCGUCAUGCUACUGAAUCAUUUCGCUUCCAGUUCUGCCAGACCCACGGCCCAGGUUCUCCCCGUGCAGAAUGAGGCAGGCUCCAGUCCAUCGGGCCACCACCCCCUGCCCCCCCAGAUGAUGGCUGCAGCCUCUCACCUAGCGCCCAUCCGGAUGCUGAAUUCCGUGCACAAGUCGGAAAGAGGGGGUGCGGACAUGAAGCUCCUCCCGCCUUCCGUGCACUCGCUGCUGUCUCUAGAAGAAAGGAGUAAACUCUCGGGACCAAGAGGCGGCAUCAAAGUGGACAAGAACUUUGGCCAUGCAGUGAUCGACGCAGCACCCGCACCCACCCCCCAGCAGCCCCUGCAGGUCCUCUCCGCCCUUGCCGAGAGCAGCUCCGUGUCACCUAGCGUCUCCUUCGGUCCCCGUGCCAAAGUCGUACACACGUCUGCGCUGGACCGGGUGAUGAAGCCGGCCCCGCAGUCAGCUCUGGCGGCGGAGAGCAGCACGGCCGCCGCAGGGACGUCGAGCACGGUCUUCCACGUGGCUCGGCCCCCCAUCAAACUUCUGGUGUCUUCAUCUGUCCCCGCGGACUCUGCCAUUUCUGGGCAAACUCCCUGUUCUAAUAACGUGCAAAUAAGCGUGCCCCCUGCAAUAAUAAACCCCCGGACUGCUCUGUACACCGCCAACACCAAAGCUGCCUUCUCUGCGAUGAGCAGUGUGCCCGUGGGGCCCCUGCAGGGCAGCUUCUGUGCGAACAGCAACACUGCCUCCUCCAGCAGCCACCCUUCCACGUCCUUCGCCAGCAUGGCCACUGUGCCCAGCUGCCCAGCUCCCAGCUCCAGCCCCGCGCUCUCCUCGGCCCCCGAAAGCAGUUUCUACAGCAGUAGCGGCGGCGGAGGUGGCAGCGGCUCCCCCGGGAACAUUCCUGCCUCCACCCAGAACCACCACCACCACCACCACCAUCAGCAGCCAUCGGCGCCCCAGCAGCCCACACCGGCCCCACCGCCUGGCUGCGUUGUGUGCACGUCCUGUGGAUGCAGCGGCAGCUGUGGCUCGAGUGGCCUGACCGUCAGCUAUGCCAACUACUUCCAGCACCCGUUCUCGGGGCCGUCUGUGUUCCCCUUCCCCUUCCUGCCCUUUAGCCCUGUGUGUGGCAGCGGCUACGUGGGUGCCCAGCAGUAUGGUGGUGGCGCCUUCCCCGUGGUGCAUUCGCCCUACGGUGGCAGUGUGCCUCCCGAGCCUGUGCUGGGCGGCCAGUCUGCGUUCACCGUGCCACCCAUGCAGAGCUUCAUGGCAGGCGCGGCGGGUGUGUACCAGGCCCCAGGACUAGUGGGCAGCAGCAACGGCGCCAGCCACAAGAAGAGUGGCAAUCUGUCGUGUUACAACUGUGGGGCCACUGGGCACCGCGCUCAGGAUUGCAAGCAGCCGUCCAUGGACUUCAAUCGGCAAGGUACUUUUAGGUUGAAAUAUGCCCCUCCAGCAGAAAGUCUGGACUCCACAGACUGACAUUUUUCUCUGGCAACAGAACACUAUUAAGCCAUGGAAACAGAAGGAAAAUUAAAUCCAAAACUGAGAAGUCUAGUUGCUGUUGAGCUUACUAUUUUUAAUCCAAAGGUGCUUUACUUUACUAGACUGGAUAGAAAACCUAGCGUAGGAGUGCAUCAAACUCAGUUUUAUUGCCAAAAUCCUAGAUUGGAGCUUGACGUCAGGACUCGCCUGGUUGGUGCCUCCACCACGGUUGUGAUGUGGAGACCUCCGUCUCCCGAGGAGCAUCGCCGUCAUCGGUUCUACCAGGUCACAUGUAAUUCCAGGGCAGCUACGCAAGAUCGGAAUCAGAACUGCAGGUUGUAGUUCUCCACGUGGAGUUCCGCCAGACGGACUCUUGAUACCCUGGGUGAGGGGACAUGUCGCCUUUGUUUCGUUUCGUUGUUUGGUUUUGUUUUGUUCCUCCAGUGGUUAGACACUAAUCUCUCUGGGCUUUUUAAGGAUUGCACUACAGAAGAAUGUACACUGAUGUCAAUCUCUGCCAUUCUGGGAGACAGACUCCCUGAGACCAGUCAGUGCAAGACAUCCGUUUUUAAGGAGUUGGCACCAGCAGGCUAUGUGACUUGGUACACAGCAGAGAUUUUAGCAUUUCCUUCCCUCCUUAAAACACUUGUAGCAGUCUCAAGUUUUUAAUUUUUUUUCUGCGAAUAAAUUUAAACUAUGUUAUUAAAUAGAAAUAGUUACUCGCAACAACUUAAUAUCUAAGGGUCCAAGUCCCAGAGAAUCCCUUCCUUCUCGGCCCAUCAAUAGCUUGAAGUCCUGUCAUUUUCCACCUCGACGGAGCUCUUGCAGAGACAUGGUGACCGCACAGCCUUCGUGAGCUGGCUCUGAGGGAUGCUCCACGUCCUUGGCAAAGUUGGCAAGUUCUUUUAUCUCACACGGAUCUCCCAAGGACCCCAAGGCUUACUGCUAACGGAUUCACACUUGAGACAGACAUUUCAACAAUACAGUCCUAUAAUUCACGAGCAAAAGAUUCGAAAUGUUCUCCUGUCAACUUCUUUUGUAUUAGGCUGUGUAUUAAUGGUUAGUUCUGCUAAAAAUGACCCGAAAACUACAAUAGAAAGUGGUAAGACUCUAAAAGAGACCACACCAACAGGACAGAGCUACAAGAUCUGCAGGAAUCUAGUUUUAUCCAAAGUAGGAAAGAAAUCCUCACCGUACAGCUCUGUGUCACCCCAUUACCAUGAAAGCUUCUUGGUCUGAAAUUGAGGGACUUAUAAAUCUUUAAAGCUAAAAGGGAAUUUUCUGCUCAAAUAUUGUUAUUUUAAACACUAAAGCCUUCAAUAUUAAAAUAUUUGGUAAGGCCUUGCCCAGGGAUUCUGCAGAUGAAUAUUAAAAAAAAAAUCAUAAUAUUCAGACCUUUCUUAAAAUGGGACAAUCAGCCUCAUGCCCGAUUGGUGUAAAAGAAUAUCCUAGAAUUUGAGGCGUUGUGAUGUGAGGCUUCAAAUUUUAUGAUCAGUUUCCUGGCUGGAGGGAAACUAGCAGAGUUGUUACAUUUUUUUAUGAAAGGCUUUUAGUAGAGUUUUUUAGAGUUUUAUUUUAGUAGAGUUUCAUUUCUAUGCAAUGCAGAAUUGACAGACCUCUGUAUGCUAUCUCUCUUCCUGGUACACAGUAUUAUAUACAGUUUUGAAGUGAUGGUGACGCUUACAACAACUUUUUUGGGGAAUGUUAUAUUGAUCUCAUAAUUAUAAACAAAAUGUCAAAAUAACGAGAACUGACACAACUUUGCCUUAAAGAGUAGGAGCCUGGAACUUGUCAUACGAUGUUUAAGGAAGACUUGGGGGUGUCCGCUGAUGUUUACGAUUUUAAUAUUUCUGAAGGCCGUUAUGGUGGCCUGGACAUGUGCUGAAAGCCAAACUUUUAAAAUUUUUGGUUUUUUUUAAACAAAGAAAUAUUUUAAAUAAAUCCUAUUUCAACACAGUGAAAUUGUUGAAAACUGUCUCAUAAAAGAAAAAUAUCAUAUUUAGGGUUUUUGUUUUAGUGGUCAGUAUUGGGGACUGAAAGUGUCUGUUGUUACCCUUACGACUAUUUUGACAAAUAUUAGAGGCUAGUGUGUUCCAUACAACAAAAAAUAGGAGUUUCGAUUUGAAGUAGGACAUUCAAAUUGAGGUAAAUAAGUCCAGACAUUGUGCGGCUGUGUUCCAGUCAUCAAAGGUCUUAGAAAAAUUCCCACUUGUCUUUGAAAGUGCAUGUGCGCUGUGAUGUCUCCAGUGUGGCCAUACCAAGGUGAGAAUUGUAAAACAUCAAUGUGAGCCACACGGGAUACAAAGCAUCCAGCUGCCGAUCGGUGAGAUCUCUUCCUGAGUGACUACUUGGACUUGGGAAUAUUUGCUGGCAGUGUAAUCUCUGGUGAAUUUCUCUCCAAAAGCAACCAAAGUCAGUAAGCCUGAAGAGCAUUUUGCAUUUCCUCAGAUGUCCUCAUCUUCUCAGAAACAUGGAUCUGACUGACCCUUUCAACUAUGUAGUCAUUUUCCAGAAAUCAUGGGCUCAGUUUCCAAAUGCUGUAGCAGCCAGGUAGGUGUGGCACAGCCACUUUGCUCUGUGUGGUCUGUUAUAUUAUCAGAGUUUCCCCAUCUUUUUUUGUCUCCAAGAAUGGGGGAAGUGGAAUGUACAGAUUGAAGUAGAAUACAACGUUGGGAUAAAACAACUAUUUAAUCCUUUUUUUUUUUUUUAAAGCAAGCACUCAAUUUUCUACUUUCUAAUUUUUAUGUCAUGGUAAUAUUGAAAAUUGGAAAGUGUUUAAAUGUUAAAACUUGUAAUUGCUAAAGAGCACUGAGGAAAUGGGAACUAGCACUUAAAUAACAUUUUCUUCAAAGCACGUAUGCAAUUGGGUAUUUUAAAAAAAAAGCAACCAGCAUCAUCUAGAAUAAUCUCUAGAAGAUUACAGGAGUCAGCUUGUGAAUAUAGUAGUUAAUAGGUUCAGUGUUUUAAUUCACUAUUUAGGAGUCACCGUAGCUAGUUUGCACUUCACUGUGUAGGUGCGGCGCAGCCUCAGCAGCAACUGCGCCGCGCCUCCCAGUUGGAGCACAGACUGAUCGGACCCAUCCAGAUCUGAUGGAGGCUUGCUCUGGGCUCGCUCCAGUAUCCCUGGAGCGUGCUGGCCUGGAGGAAUCAGGUUGCACCCCUCCUCACUCCCUAGCAUCUUGUACUCUUCCUGCUUCUGUGGUGGGUUAUUUGAUGCCUUGCUAGUUUUACAUACUGGUUACCGAUGGUGUAUACAUGGAGUCUUAAGGAUGUUAAGGGAAACUGUCCUUCCCAGAGGAUGGGCUUGUGGAACCCAAAGGGGCGGAUGUCCUUUCCAAAGCGCAGAUGACUCCCAAAGGAUGAGUCAGGUAACAGUUUAAAGCCAUGGGCUCUGAGGAGGCUCAAUUUGCAAAGUCCCUAGGUUCUGAAUGAAAAAAAAAAAUCUUUAAUCAACACUCUGGAAACCACAUACUUGCUGGUUGAGGCCAAAGGUCAAUUUUACUACACUGUUCUGGGGGGGAGGGGAGCUCAGUGCAUCUCUGUCAAGUCAGUCCCAGGUAUUGUAACAAGCCCCUCACAUGCAUUAAGUUUUUACAUGCACAAAGAUGAAGGCUUUGGUACCGAAACCGAAGACCCUUGUGUACUCAAGAAUCUUCACAGCUUAUAUUGGACAGAUUUUCUUUUUAGGAAUGAAGGAAAAUUCUCCCAUUUUUGAGCCAUUCUUUUAUGUCAAUUCUACAAAAUUGCAUGUAACUUUAUAAAUAUUUUUAAAAGAUAUAGUUUUGUAAAUAUUUAAUAUUCUGCUAAUUUGAUUUUGAAUUGUAAAUGUUAAGUAUUGUUUUUGAAGUUUUUAUGUUUUAUUAUACUUUGUUAAAAAAGAAAAAUUGUACAUUUUUAGAAUGUUUUUAUGAGUAA